AGAGCUGACAGAUUUUCUUUUCACACUGCAGAAACAAAGAAAUUCUUGAUAUGUCCAGAGCAGUUUUUUGAUAUAUUUUUUUAUAAUACAAAAUUUUCUGUUUUCGUUGACGGCAAUGAACGAAUGGUGAGCGCAGGCAGCAACGGUAUGGAGACCGAUGAGGACAAGAAGAAAAAGAUCAACGAUGACGUAGUGGUGUUUCUGGGGAAGCGGAGCGAGAACGAGGCGCCUCGUUAUGCUGCUCGCUUGAAGACGUAUGUUACGCUGCAGCAGAAGCGGCGACGGGCAGCGGCCGCGCGGCGCCACUCCGAGCAUGCCGUUCACUAUGAGAAGAGAGGGGCUUCUGGCAGCAGGAAGAAGAUAGAAGGCGAGAGGAAAGAGAAGGCAGCUGAGAACACCGAACAACUAGGUGACGGUGGGCCGCGUAGGUCGUUCUCUCGCUUGCAUUCGUGCGAGCCGGUCGACCGUGGUUGCCGCCGGCGCAAGCGCCGUAGACGCCGCUCAUGCCGGCGCCCCAGACGCCGCCACCGCAGUUGCAGACGUCGUCGCCGCCGCAGCUCCAGUCGUCGCCGCCGCCGUAGCUCCAGUCGCCGCCGCCGCCGCCGUAGCUGCCGCCGCCGCCGCAUAAGGCGUCGCCGUUGCCGUUAGGUCCGCCAUAGUUAUUUGUAAUGAUUGGUCAAGUUCAUAUUAUACAAAAUUUUGGUGAUGUUUUGUUACGAAUUGUUUUUUGAGAUUUUUAUAAAUAUACAAUAUUUUUUUUAUA